CCUGGUGAAAGACAGACUGCGGGGCGCCUGGAAACCGGUCGGAGGGCGCGCGAGGGAGAGCAGAGCGAGCGAGUUGAGGGAUUGACACAAAUGGUCAGGCGGCGGCGGCGGAGGAGGAGGCGGAGGCUCAGGGGGGAGCCGAGGCUGCUGGGUUGCCGAGAGUUGCGCGCUCUACCCGGCCGCCGCCACUAGCGCGGCGCCGCUUGCCAGGAGCCAGCUAGCCGAGGGCCAGGAAGGCGGGACGCGACCCUCGGCGCGCCCGAGCCACCCGGGCUCUCCCCGCAGCCCGCGCUUCAUGAAUCGCAAGUUUCCGCGGCGGCGGCGGCUGCGGGACGCGGAGCGGGAGCCGGGGGAGCGGGCCGAGCACGGCUCGGGCUCGACGGAGGGCACCGGCGGGGAAGAGAUCGCCCCGGCCGCAGGGGGAGCAUCCUCCAGCCGCGCCACAGCCAGCUUCAGCCGAGCGGCGCCAAGAAAGGAGCCGAGAAAGUAUGGCUGAGGAGGAGGCGCCUAAGAAGUCCCGAGCCGCCGGGGGCGGCGGCGGCGGCGGGAGCUGGGAACUUUGUGCCGGGGCGCUCCGCACUGUACCGGCAGCGGAGGGGAGCGGGGACGCGGGCAGCCGCCGCCGCCCCCCGGCUGACUCCCGGCGCUUGGCGCGCCGGCUACUACUACUGCUUUGGCUGCUGGAGGCUCCGCUGCUGCUGGGGGUCCGGGCGCAGGCGGCCGGCCAGGGGCCCGGGCCGGGGCAGCAGCCCCCGCCGCCUCAGCAACAGCAGAGCGGGCAGCAGUACAACGGCGAGCGGGGCAUCUCUAUACCGGACCACGGUUACUGCCAGCCCAUUUCCAUCCCCCUGUGCACCGACAUCGCGUACAAUCAGACCAUCAUGCCCAACCUGCUGGGCCACACGAACCAGGAGGAUGCGGGCCUCGAGGUGCACCAGUUCUACCCGCUGGUGAAGGUGCAGUGCUCCGCCGAGCUCAAGUUUUUCCUGUGCUCCAUGUACGCGCCCGUGUGCACCGUGCUGGAGCAGGCUCUGCCGCCCUGCCGCUCGCUGUGCGAGCGCGCGCGCCAGGGCUGCGAGGCGCUCAUGAACAAGUUCGGCUUCCAGUGGCCCGACACGCUCAAGUGCGAGAAGUUCCCGGUGCACGGCGCCGGCGAGCUGUGCGUGGGCCAGAACACGUCGGACAAGGGCACCCCGACGCCCUCACUGCUGCCCGAGUUCUGGACUAGCAACCCCCAGCACGGCGGCGGAGGGCACCGGGGCGGCGGCUUCGCGGGGGGCGCCGGCGCUUCGGAGCGAGGCAAGUUCUCGUGCCCGCGCGCCCUCAAGGUGCCCUCCUACCUCAACUACCACUUCCUGGGGGAGAAGGACUGCGGCGCCCCCUGCGAGCCGACCAAGGUGUACGGGCUCAUGUACUUCGGGCCCGAGGAGCUGCGCUUCUCACGCACCUGGAUCGGCAUCUGGUCAGUGCUGUGCUGCGCCUCCACGCUCUUCACCGUGCUCACCUACCUGGUGGACAUGCGGCGCUUCAGCUACCCUGAGCGGCCCAUCAUCUUCCUGUCGGGCUGCUACACGGCGGUGGCCGUGGCCUACAUUGCCGGCUUCCUGCUGGAGGACCGGGUGGUGUGUAACGACAAGUUCGCGGAGGACGGGGCGCGCACCGUGGCGCAGGGCACCAAGAAGGAGGGCUGCACCAUUCUCUUCAUGAUGCUCUACUUCUUCAGCAUGGCCAGCUCCAUCUGGUGGGUGAUCCUGUCGCUCACCUGGUUCCUGGCAGCCGGCAUGAAGUGGGGCCACGAAGCUAUCGAGGCGAACUCGCAGUAUUUUCACCUGGCCGCCUGGGCCGUGCCGGCCAUCAAGACCAUCACCAUUCUGGCGCUGGGCCAGGUGGACGGCGAUGUGCUAAGCGGGGUGUGCUUCGUGGGGCUCAACAACGUGGACGCUCUGCGCGGCUUCGUGCUGGCGCCCCUCUUCGUGUACCUGUUCAUCGGCACGUCGUUCCUCCUGGCCGGCUUCGUGUCCCUCUUCCGCAUUCGCACCAUCAUGAAGCACGACGGCACCAAGACCGAGAAGCUGGAGAAGCUCAUGGUGCGCAUUGGCGUCUUCAGCGUUCUCUACACCGUGCCGGCCACCAUCGUCAUCGCCUGCUACUUCUACGAGCAGGCCUUCCGGGACCAGUGGGAGCGCAGCUGGGUGGCCCAGAGCUGCAAGAGCUAUGCCAUCCCCUGCCCCCACCUCCAGGCGGGCGGCGCCCCACCGCACCCGCCCAUGAGCCCCGACUUCACAGUCUUCAUGAUCAAGUACCUUAUGACCCUCAUCGUGGGCAUCACGUCAGGCUUCUGGAUCUGGUCCGGCAAGACCCUCAACUCCUGGAGGAAGUUCUACACUCGGCUUACCAACAGCAAACAGGGGGAGACCACCGUCUGAGACCGGGGACUCAGCCGGUCGCCAGCCCUCGGCCUGGUCCCAGCCCCGCUGGCCCUAUGGAAUCCUGGCCAAAUCUGGCUACUCUCCCUAGCCAUUCACUGCUUUUAACAAGGCUCCUGCAAAAGCUUCUGUCCCCAGGGGCACAGGGACCCGAGGGCCCAACUGCCAGAGGCGGGGGGAUGCACAGACCUUUCUUGCUCUGGUACCAGGACUGUACGCUUUUAUGACUUGUAAAUAGCCUGUGUAAGAUUUUUGUAAGUAUAUUUGUAUUUAAAUGACCGUUCACGCGUUUUUCUUUUACUCUCCUUGUUUGUUUGUUUAAUUUUAAUUAUUUCGGGCGGUUUGACCAUUUUUCCUUCUAGCCCUUUUCAGAGCAGCACAGAGAGAAAACCACAGCGCAGCACUCGGAGCUUCUGCGGGUGCUGGCGCGCCCCUCCCUGCAGCGGGUGGGGAGCGCCUGGGCCGCGCCGCCUUCCCCGCUCCUUUCUGCUCCCUCCCUCCCUUUCUUUGCUAGGGUCCGGACUCUUUCAGGUACAGAAAUCCACAAAGCUUCCACACCGGAAGGUGGGCCCCGGCCGAUCCCAAGUCUGCUCUUGUCCGGAGCCAAAUUGCCAAGACAGGCCCUUAGACUAUCCGAAGCUGAAAUUUUCACUGUCCAGAACCUUCCCCGGCUUCUAGGAGGCCCACGGAUGUGGGCAGGGGCAGCCCUGGGCUCCUUGGCUCAGGCCUCCAACGCCCAGACACUCCCUCCUUCCAACUAAGUUGGUUAGAGGGUGAGUGGGGUAACCAAUGCCAAACUUUUUUAAGUCUCAUUUUUGGUGGAUGAGCUCAUUUCAUUCUCUAGCGUCUAAAACCUGGUAUGGGUUUGGCCAGCGUCAUGGAAAGAUGUGGUUACUGAGAUUUGGGGAAGAGGCAUGGAGCUUUGUGUGGGUUGGGAGAGACAAUUCUAAUUGCAUACGGAUGCCUGGCAAACUGCCUCUUAAGAUUGAGAGCACCCCUGUUUAGAUUUACCUUUCUGAAAAGUGGAAACACUAGGUCACCUGGAAAGCUUUGUUAAGGAGCUAAUGAUCUUGGCUUUCCUUAACAGGAGAGCAAGACCGUAAACUUGAAGGAGAUUUCAGUGUAAUGGAUGUCCUCAAAAUGAAGUGGUACUUUCUUAUUUUCAAUCAAAUAAUAAUUAGACAUAUGUCAGAAAGUUUAAAAUGUACAUUGUACACUUGUACAUUGUAACAUAUUAUUAUGAUUAUUAUUCAACAACACAUUCUGAGGGAGGAACAAUCCACAUCACUACUAAUAACCUGGUAAGAUUCCAGGAAGUAAAGGAGGUGGAAUAAUUGAUGGGAUUAGCCACCGAAAUAAACAAAAUAUGGGCAUGUAUGCUAAGGGGAGAAUGUGUGCUGCGGGUCUACUGCACUAAAUCCUGUGUGUUCCUUUUUGGAUUUACAGAAAUGUGCCCAAUGUAAUCUUUCAAAGCCAUUGAAAAAUAUUCACUUUAGUUCUCUGUGAAAAAGAGGAGAAAAGCAAUCUUCCUGAUUGUAUUGUUUUAAACUUUUAAGAGUUUUAUCAAAAUGCCCGUACUUAGGACAUAAAUCUAUGUCUGUCAUACCCUAAAAUGACAAUGCUCGUUGAAUUUGGUAUGCAUUUAUUCUGUUCACUAUCACAAAAUCAUCUAUAUUUAUAGAGGAAUAGAAGUUUAUAUAUAUAUAUAAUACCAUAUUUUUAAUUUCACAAAUAAAAAAAAUCAAAGUUUUGUACAAAA